AUGCAGCUAAGAAAAGAAAAAGACCGCAGAACAGUAAAAGAGGAACUGCAAGAGUUUGAGUCCCAACCUCACUGCCGCCGUGAGGUUUCCACAGGAGUCCCGUCUGACAUUUUGGUCAAAAGAGGAAUCCUUGUUGGGCUUCCUGUGUGUUUGACAAAAGAGAUCAAAAUGGCGGACGAGUCGCCUGGGGCUGUGCUGUUUGGAGAUCAUGCGGGUAAUGAAGCAGGUGCUGUUCGGCGUGUAGAUGAGUUGGUGGCUGAUGAGGGUGCUGAUAGACUUGCAGAUGAGGUGGCCAGUGGCGAGGGCGCUGGUAGACAUGCAGAUGAGUUGCCCGGUAGAGAGGGUGCUGGUCGAGGUGCGGAUGAGUUGGCUGGUGGUGUGCAUGGUGCUGUACUGGUAGGGGACAGUGACGAAGAUGGUUCUGUAUUGUCAGGAGAUGACGGUGUUGGUCAUGGAGAACCAUACCAACCCAACAACAGCGGUUUGGCUAUUAACUGUUACGGAAUGAGUGAAUCUGGUACAACAGAGAUAGGACCAGGUGUCCUAAACUAUUUUACAUGUCAGUCACCCUGCAUUUUUCUAAGAGGUAGAUUAAAUCCUAUGGUCGAAUUUCAGCAAUUUUGGGGAGCUGUCGAGGCAUCCAACCCUUGUUUGCCAAUCUCGGUACUGCCAGUACCCAUUGCAGUGUUUUUACUGCAGAUUCAAUUGCAAACAAGGGUUGGAUUCCUGAUCGCCCUCAAUUGGGCAUCAACAGAAACCAGUUUCCCAUGGUUGACAUCAGAUGCAACCAGAGUAAUUUUAGAAAGAGGUCUUGUCUGGGGUGGGUCCACCUCAGAUUCUGACAGGACUUCUGGCUUCUAGGGUGGCACAUUUGCACCGUUAAUGAGGUUUCUCGAGUGCGUUAUAGUAGCAUUACCUGCGGCAGUCGGCGAGCCCUUUACAGAUGCGCAAGUUCUUUGUAUUAUUGAUAUGGCUGACGGUAAGUUAUUACAUUUGUGUGCCCAGGUAAGCAACAGUCCUUUUAACACUCAUAAUUUACUAUUCACUACAGCACUGAAUAGAAGAUCAUAAAAAAAGUAUAACUACCUUCGAUGUUUCAGUAUCAGCAUCCCAUCUAGAUACAAAUACUUAAAGGUUUUAUAAAUUGGGUAACAUAAGACAAAUCUGAUCAGGAGCUGCAAAAAAUAUUUAUUUGUUUAUUUAUUUAUUUACUAAUAUUUUCCCAGAUAAAUCCCUUCAGCAAAGCUGAUAUAAAUAGGUGACCUGGAUAACAAAAUUAUAAAGGAAAAGAAAAAUGUACCCCCUCCAUUAACAUUUAGGGCAAAACAUGAUUUUUUUUUUCAGUGACAGAGGAGGCUGAAGCUGCCAUUUUACGAAGAAGAGAGAACAUGUAAACCAGUUAAUUAAACAUUCGAAGAAGAGAGAACAUGUAAACCAGUUAAUUAAACAUUCGAAGAAGAGAGAACAUGUAAACCAGUUAAUUAAACAUUCGAAGAAGAGAGAACAUGUAAACCAGUUAAUUAAACAUUCGAAGAAGAGAGAACAUGUAAACCAGUUAAUUAAACAUUCGAAGAAGAGAGAACAUGUAAACCAGUUAAUUAAACAUUCGAAGAAGAGAGAACAUGUAAACCAGUUAAUUAAACAUUCGAAGAAGAGAGAACAUGUAAACCAGUUAAUUAAACAUUCGAAGAAGAGAGAACAUGUAAACCAGUUAAUUAAACAUUCGAAGAAGAGAGAACAUGUAAACCAGUUAAUUAAACAUUCGAAGAAGAGAGAACAUGUAAACCAGUUAAUUAAACAUUCGAAGAAGAGAGAACAUGUAAACCAGUUAAUUAAACAUUCGAAGAAGAGAGAACAUGUAAACCAGUUAAUUAAACAUUCGAAGAAGAGAGAACAUGUAAACCAGUUAAUUAAACAUUCGAAGAAGAGAGAACAUGUAAACCAGUUAAUUAAACAUUCGGCAGAUUACUGCGAGUCGAUGCUUUUUUAUAUAAUCUCCCCAAAGGAGCUGUCAGUGACUCUAAACUCUAAAUUAAAAUAUUGGGGCAUCCCUUCAGCUACAAUUUGUGUGUUUGCCUGCCUUUUUUGCUGAAGUAUCUACAUUUUCUGAGUUAUGAAUUGUAGGACCCUUUCGCAUUGUCGGCAUUGUCUUUUUUUUAUUCUCAUUAGUGUGUUUUGUAAUUAGACAACAUUAGAUAACCCUUUUUUUAUUUACAGCGACAGAAGAAGUCUUCGAGAGGAGCAGGAUAGGGAAUACAUAGAAAGUCUCAGAAUGGACCAAGAAAGGGAUAGGGAAAGACAACGGUUGUUAGAAAUUGAAGAG